GCGCAGUACGUGAGGCCGUGAUGCAUGACGCCUUUGAGCCGCUGCCCAUCCUGGAGAAGCUGCCGCUUCAGAUCGACUGUCUGGCGGCCUGGGAUGAUUGGCUUCUCGUUGGCACGAAACCCGGCCACCUCCUGCUCUACAGGAUCAAGAAGGAGCCAGGGUCCAACAGAUUUGAAGUUUUACUGGAGAAAUCCCACAAAAACUUCUCGAAGAAAAUUCAACAGCUGUGUGUGGUGCCACAGUAUAAAAUCCUGGUUUCUCUCCUGGAAAAUAAUAUUUAUGUCCAUGACUUGCUCACCUUCCAACAAAUCACCAUGGUUACCAAGGCCAAGGGCAGCAGCCUCUUCUCCUGUAACGUGCAGAGCGCUGGCGGCGAGGACGCCCAGCUGAGGAUGUGUGUGGCUGUGAAGAAGAAGCUACAGCUUUAUUACUGGAAAGAUCGGGAGUUUCAUGAUGUUCAGGCUGAUUUCAGUGUUCCCGAUGUGCCCAAGUCUAUGGCUUGGUGUGAGAGCUCUAUCUGUGUUGGCUUCAAGAGAGAUUAUUACUUGAUCCGGCUGGAUGGCAAAGGUUCCAUUAAGGAGUUGUUCCCGACGGGGAAGCAGCUGGAGCCGCUGGUGACGUCGCUGGGGGAAGGGAAGGUUGCAGUGGGACAGGAUGACUUGACCGUGGUGCUGAGCGAAAUGGGCGUCCUCACCAAGUGUGCCCUCAACUGGACUGACAUCCCCAUCGCCAUGGAGCACCAGGCACCAUACAUCAUUGCUGUGCUGCCGCGCUAUGUGGAGAUUCGCACCAUCGAUCCCCGACUCCUGGUCCAGAGUGUAGAGCUUCAGAGACCCCGCUUCAUCACGUCGGGGGGGAUGAAUAUUGUGUACGUGGCCAGUAAUCACUUUGUGUGGCGCCUGGUUCCGGUCUCCAUCGCCGCUCAGAUCCGACAGCUGCUCCCAGACAAGCAGUUUGAACUGGCACUGCAACUGGCGAGAAUGAAGGAUGACACAGACAGUGACAAAUGGCAGCAGAUUCACCACAUCCAGAACCUCUUCGCCUUCAACCUCUUCUGUCAGAAACGCUUUGACGAUUCCAUGCAGGUCUUCACCAAACUGGGCACAGGUCAGUCAGUGCCACCUCCCAUAGACCCCACGCACGUAAUCGGGCUGUACCCAGACCUGCUGCCUGCGGACUACAGGAAACAGCUGCAAUACCCCAACCCUCUGCCCACGCUCUCCACUGCCGAGCUGGAGAAAGCUCACCUCGCGCUGAUAGACUACCUUACCCAGAAACGUGCCCACCUGGUGAAGCAGCUGCACGACUCGGAGCCCUCCAGCACCUCGCCCCUGGUGGAGGGGACGCCCACCAUCAAGUCCAAAAAAAAACUGCUGCAGAUUAUCGACACCACCUUACUCAAGUGUUACCUUCACACGAAUGUGGCGUUGGUGGCCCCGCUGUUGCGGUUGGAGAACAAUCACUGUCACAUCGAGGAGAGCGAGCACAUACUGAAGAAAGCUCACAAGUACAGCGAGCUCAUCAUCCUGUACGAGAAGAAGGGGCUGCAUGAGAAAGCAUUGCUGGUGUUACUGGAUCAGGCCACCAAAGCCAACUCCCCCCUGAAAGGACACGAGCGGACCAUCCAGUACCUACAGCAGCUGGGGAAGGAGAGCCUGAGUGUGAUAUUUGAGUUCUCGCUCUGGGUGCUGAAGGCCUGCCCUGAGGAUGGGCUGAAGAUCUUCACUGAGGACCUGAUUGAGGUGGAGAAUCUGCCUCGAGACAAGGUGCUGGAAUUCCUGAGGGACAACUGUAAGGAGCUGGCCAUUCCUUACCUGGAACACAUCAUCCACCAGUGGGACGAGACAGGCCCGUGCUUCCACAACUGGCUGAUCCAGCUGCUCCGCGAGAGAGUGCAGACGCUCAUGAGGGAAUAUCUGUGUUCACUGCCACAGGGGCAGAGUGCUGUGAGUGCAGGAGAUGAGGAAGGUGAGCUCGGCGAGUACAGGAACAAACUGCUCAGCUUCCUGGAGAUCUCCACACAUUACCAGCCCAGCAGGCUCAUCACGGACUUCCCCUUCGAUGGGUUGCUGGAGGAGCGAGCGCUGUUACUCGGCCGCAUGGGGCUGCACGAGCAGGCGCUCUUCAUCUAUGUCCACAUCCUCCACAACACCCGCCUGGCCGAGGAUUACUGCCACAAGCACUACGACGUGAACGACGAUACAAACCGUGACGUAUACCUGUCGCUAUUGAGGAUGUACCUGUCUCCCCCCGAGCCGCAGUGUGUAGGCCCUGUGCGGGUGGAGGUGGCCGAGCCUCAGCCCAACCUACCAGCAGCCCUGAGCGUACUGGCUCUUCAAUACAGCAAGCUGGACACCAGCAAGACGUUAAACCUUCUCCCCGCCAACACUCAUAUCCAGGAAAUUCGUCUGUUCCUGGAGAAUGUUCUGGAAGCCAACGCUCAGCGGCGCAGAUAUAACCAGAUCCUCAAGAGUCUGCUGCAAGCCGAGUUUCUCCGGAUCCAGGAGGAGAGGAUUUACCAUCAGGAGGUGAAAUGCAUCAUCACCGAGGAGAAAAUAUGUCGGGUCUGUAAAAAGAAGAUCGGAAACAGUGCGUUUGCUCGUUACCCCAACGCUGUGGUCGUUCACUAUUUCUGCUGCAAGGACCGGACUGCAUGUCCUGCCGAGACGUGAGCGGCCCCCCCACACCCACCCCCC